ACCACACGGCCCCCGCCGUCCCUGGGACCCGGACUGCACGGCGCUGGUCACAUGAACUCGGGGGCUUGCGGUGGCGGUGUGACGGCUUUCUUGGAUCCCUUUGUCCAGCAACCAACCAUGGAGAACCAGCGCUCGUCCCCUCUGUCAUUCUCCAGUGUUCCACAAGAAGAAACUCUGCCUCAGUCCCCCACUGGACUCCCGCAAGAAACUCUGUUCCCAUCCUGCAUUCUUCCCCCCAAAGAAGUUUCUUCUUUGUCUCCCAGUACUCCCGGGCGAGGCUCCCUGCCCCAGACUGCCAGCGCUCCCAAGCAAGAGACUUCUGGCCAAAUGCUACACGUUCUCCAAAAAGGACCUUUGCUCCUGUAUCCCUCUGCUUCUGAGCAAGACACACAUCACCAAGGGCCCCUGCCUUCUCAGGAAGAGACCCCCUGCCCUCCCUCUGCUGCUGAACAGGAAAUCCCCCUUCUCUCUCACUCCACCCACCAUCAGGAAGCCCCACUCCACUCCCCUGAAGUUCCUGAGAAAGACCCACUGACCCUUUCCCCCACAGUUCCUGAGACUGACAUGGACCCCUUGUUCCAGAGCCCCACUUCCCAAAAGGACACCUCCUUCCAUACCUCUUCUGCGUCCCAGAAGGAGCAGCCACUGCCCACCGCAGAGAUCACCCGCUUGGCCGUGUGGGCUGCCGUCCAAGCAGUGGAGAGGAAACUAGAAGCCCAGGCUAUGAGGCUGCUGACCCUAGAGGGCAGGACGGGGACAAACGAGAAAAAGAUAGCAGACUGCGAGAAGACCGCGGUGGAGUUCGCAAACCAUCUGGAGAGCAAGUGGGUUGUGCUGGGGACCUUGCUUCAGGAGUAUGGGCUGCUGCAGAGGCGGCUGGAGAACAUGGAGAAUCUGCUGAAAAACAGAAAUUUCUGGAUCCUGCGGCUGCCCCCAGGCAGCAAUGGAGAAGUUCCCAAGGUCCCUGUCACGUUCGAUGAUGUUGCCGUCCAUUUCUCAGAGCAAGAGUGGGGAAACCUGUCUGAGUGGCAGAAGGAGCUCUACAAGAAUGUGAUGAGGGGCAACUACGAGUCUCUGGUUUCCAUGGACUAUGCAAUUUCCAAACCAGACCUCAUGUCACAGAUGGAGCGUGGGGAGAGGCCAGCCAUGCCGGAGCAGGAGGACUCUGAAGAGGGCGAGACGACCACGGAUCCCAGUGCGGCACAUGAUGGCAUAGUGAUCAAGAUCGAGGUGCAGACCAAUGACGAGGGCUCCGAAAGUUUAGAGACGCCAGAGCCCCUGAUGGGUCAAGUGGAGGAACAUGGCUUUCAGGACUCAGAGCUGGGUGACCCCUGUGGAGAGCAGCCGGACCUGGACAUGCAGGAUCAGGAGAACACGCUGGAGGAGUGCACAGAAGGCUCCAGUGAGUUCAGUGAGCUCAAGCAGAUGCUGGUGCAGCAGAGAAAUUGCACAGAGGGGAUCGUGAUCAAGACAGAGGAGCAAGAAGAGGAGGAGGAAGAGGAGGAAGAGGAUGAGCUGCCACAGCACUUACAGUCCCUCGGGCAGCUGUCCGGAAGGUACGAGGCCAGUAUGUACCAGACCCCCCUGCCUGGGGAGAUGUCUCCCGAGGGCGAGGAGAGCCCCCCACCCCUGCAGCUGGGGAACCCAGCGGUGAAGAGGCUGGCCCCCAGCGCGCACAUGCACGCCCACGGGCACGGAGAGCGGCACCUGGGCGAGAACCGCGGGACGUCGAGCCAGCAGCAGCGGAACCGGCGGGGCGAGCGGCCCUUCACCUGCAUGGAGUGCGGCAAGAGCUUCCGGCUGAAGAUCAACCUCAUCAUCCACCAGCGCAACCACAUCAAGGAGGGGCCCUACGAGUGCGCCGAGUGCGAGAUCAGCUUCCGGCACAAGCAGCAGCUCACGCUGCACCAGCGCAUCCACCGCGCGCGCAGCGGCUACGCGUCGCCCGAGCGCGAGCGCGAGCGCGGACCGGCCUUCAACCCCAAGCACUCGCUCAAGCCCCGCCCGAAGUCCCCCAGCUCGGGCAGCGGCGGGCCCAAGCCCUACAAGUGCCCCGAGUGCGACAGCAGCUUCAGCCACAAGUCGAGCCUGACCAAGCACCAGAUCACGCACACCGGCGAGCGGCCCUACACGUGUCCCGAGUGCAAGAAGAGCUUCCGCCUGCACAUCAGCCUGGUGAUCCACCAGCGCGUGCACGCGGGCAAGCACGAGGUCUCCUUCAUCUGCAGCCUGUGCGGCAAGAGCUUCGGCCGCCCGUCGCACCUGCUGCGCCACCAGCGGACUCACACGGGCGAGCGGCCCUUCAAGUGCCCCGAGUGCGAGAAGAGCUUCAGCGAGAAGUCCAAGCUCACCAACCACUGCCGCGUGCACUCGCGCGAGCGGCCGCACGCCUGCCCCGAGUGCGGCAAGAGCUUCAUCCGCAAGCACCACCUGCUGGAGCACCGGCGCAUCCACACGGGCGAGCGGCCCUACCACUGCGCCGAGUGCGGCAAGCGCUUCACGCAGAAGCACCACCUGCUGGAGCACCAGCGCGCGCACACGGGCGAGCGGCCCUACCCCUGCACGCACUGCGCCAAGUGCUUCCGCUACAAGCAGUCGCUCAAGUACCACCUGCGGACCCACACGGGCGAGUGAGCAUGCGCCCCGCCCCGCCCCGGCCAGGUGCGCGGCCAGGCACGAGGCCGAGCCCCCGCGGACAGGCGCCUGAGCCCAGGGGGCGGAGGCGGGGCACCCCGGCCCCUCUGCUGUGAGCCUUUCUCCCCUUCCGUCCCUCCUCCCCAGGACGCGGAGUAGUGAGACCUGAGCCCAGGUCGCUUGUUGCCUGCUUCCCCGGGGCCCCAGGGGGGGGCGCUUGGGCCUGGGGAACCCCUUUGGGCUGUUAAUUUCCUUGACAAUAAAAUGGAUGAAACCAAUCAACACGAGGGCAGUGAUUUGGCUGCCGGCGGUUCAGGGCCGUUUAGUUGGUGAGAGAACUUUAUAAUUACUUUUUGGAUACUGUGGUUCUAUUUGAUAAUAAUAGAGUAAUUUUUAAAAGA